UAUUUAUGUAAAUUGAACUCUUCAUAUAAAAUAAUAGAAUGCUGAUAAAAUAUUUUGAAAAGAAACAAUGGAUAAAAACCAUUCAUAGGUUAACAUAGGUAUAUGCAAGUCUAUGGGCAAGUUGGUAGUGUGUGACACUUAAUUAAUUAUCAUAAACUAGCAGGUGAAAUAAAUGUUGAUGCAUCAUUAUUAGGAAUACAAAAAAAAAAACCGCAUUUAUUAUCAUCUAAGUGCGUAAUUAAUUAAUAAAACCGAGUUYUGAUAUGUGAUAGAGAAUGAGUAAAUAUAAAAAAAAGAUAAAUCAUUGUGCUGUGUUUAAGCAACGAACGAAAAAUGACGAUAACGAUGAAUUAUCGAAUUCUAUGAUAAUGCGUGCAAGAAAAACUGGUCAACUUAAUCUAUCCUCGAGAGGAUUAUUUACUGUACCAAGUAGGGUAUGGACUAUAAAUGAAUUAACAGAAGAUGAAUUAAAAGAAUUAAAUUUUGAACUUGACUACGAUGAAACAGAGCAGCGAUGGUGGGAACAAGAACCUUUAAAAAUAUUAAACUUAAGUUGUAAUAGUCUAACUACUAUUGAUGCACAAAUAGAUAAUUUAAAUAAUCUUACAGAACUGGAUUUACACAGCAACUUAUUACAAAAAUUGCCAAAGGAAAUAGGAAAUCUAACGAAAAUGAUAACUUUAGAUUUAUCACAUAAUAAAUUAGAAGAAAUACCUACUCAAUUUUACCGUCUUUUGGAAUUACAUAAUUUAAAUUUGAAGAGCAAUCUUUUAAAAGAGCUAGACACUGGAAUAACUGAUUUAAUUAUGCUAAGCCAUUUGGAUUUAUCUCAUAAUAAUUUAAUUGAAUUACCUAUCGGGAUUGGGUAUCUCGUUAGACUUAUUUUUUUGGAUGUGAGCCAUAAUUCUUUGAAAAAUUUACCACCUGAUAUAAUGAGUAUGAGAGCAUUACAAAAGUUGAUUGCGAGUUAUAACGAAUUAAAAGAAUUACCAUCUCUAAACGAAUUACGAAAAGUUGAAAUAAUAAUGUUACAAAAUAACAAAUUAACAAUAUUUCCUGAUUUAUCUGGAUGUGUCGCAUUAAAAGAACUUCAUUUAUCAGAAAACAAUAUCGUUGAUAUUAAUAUGUUGCAUUUAGAAGAAGUUAGACAAUUAAAAGUAUUAAUUCUAAGGAAUAACAACAUAAAAGCUAUUCCGGAAGGAAUAAUUCAAUUUAUAAAUUUGGAGUACCUUGAUUUAUCAAAUAAUAAUAUAUCUUUAAUACCAGUAUGCAUUGGUAUAAUGCCAAAUUUAAAAAAGUUCUCUAUUGAAGAAAAUAAUAUACAAAAUGUAAGAGCUGAUAUAAUACGAUGUGGUACAUCCCGCAUUUUAAAACAUUUACAACAAAGUGUAGACAUCGCUAAUAUAAAUGUAAAUGACUCAAUGUUAUCGAAUACAAGCACAAUUGCAUACCCAAACAAAUAUAUGAUGAAAAAUACAAGAAUGUUAAGUCUAGCAGGUCAUAAUUUAACCGAGUUGCCAAUAGAAGUAUUAGAAGAUGCAAAUACAGCGGGUGUAACUUUAAUUGAUUUAAGUAGAAAUCAAAUGCAUGAAUUACAUGAAAUGUUUUCUGUAAUAACAACAGUUACAGAUUUGAAACUAACAUCUAAUAAUCUAACACAUUUACCAGAAUGGAUUGGUGAAAAAUAUAAACAUUUGCAGGCACUGGAUUUAAGCAAAAAUCAUUUGUUAUCAUUACCAUCAACAAUUGGUUUACUAAAAUAUUUACGAAAUAUUGAUAUUUCUUUUAACAGAUUCACAGAACUACCAGAACAUAUUUAUGAAAUAAGUUCUCUGGAAACGUUAGUGAUAAAUGAUAAUAUGGUAACGAAUAUCGAUGUUCCGUCAUUAAAGAAACUAAAAAAACUUGCUGUUUUGAAUCUUGCAAACAACAAUAUUGACAAUGUGCCAGCAGAAUUAGGAACUUUAACAAAUAUAAGGUCACUCAUGUUAUCUGGAAAUUGUUUUAAAAAUCCAAGACAAGCUAUUUUAGCCAAAAGUACAGAGGAAAUUCUUGCAUAUUUGCGUAAUCGAAUACCUCAAUAACCAUAAAAGAGA